AUGAAGCGGUUCUGGUGGGCCCAGCUUGGCCUGCUCGCUGUGUGUACCUGCGCCUGGCCGGUCCAGGGAUGUGGGCCAGGUCCUGGGUAUGGCAUGCGUUCCAGGACCAGGAAACUCACGGCUAUGCACUACAAGCAGUUCUCCCCCAACUUCUCAGAAAACAACAUUGGGGCGAGUGGAAGAGCGGAGGGCAAGAUCACGCGCAACUCUGAGCGCUUCAACCAGCUGGUGUGCAACUACAAUCCGGAUAUUGUCUUCAAGGAUGAGGAGAACACCGGCGCGGACCGCUUCAUGACCAAGCGAUGCAAGGACUGUCUGAACCGGUUGGCCAUUGCAGUGAUGAACCAGUGGCCAGGGGUGCACUUGCGUGUGACGGAGGCCUGGGAUGAAGAUGGCCACCACCCUCCAGGCUCUCUGCACUACGAAGGCCGGGCUGUGGAUAUAACCACUGACGACAGGGAGACAGAAAAGUACGGGCUUUUGGCUCAGCUGGCUGUGGAAGCAGGAUUUGACUGGGUCUACUAUGAGUCCAAGCAUCACGUACACUGCUCCGUAAAAUCAGAUAAGUCUGAAGCUGUGGAGAGAGGUGGUUGCUUCCCAGGCUGUGCCCGGGUGACUCUUGCCGGAGGGAUGCAGAAGAGUCUGUCUUCACUGGCCCCUGGUGACAGGGUCAUGGCCCUGUCUGAAACAGGCCACAUUGUGUACAGCCAAGUUCUCUUGUUUCUGCACCGGGACAAAAAAAGCAGGUCUACCUUCCUGUCUCUGGAGACAGAAGACGAACAGAGAUUAGUCCUAACUCUUCAUCACUUGGUCUUUUUGGUCCCUGACUGCAGGCAUGAUGAGAGUGGGUACCAGGCUCAGUUUGCAAGCAGAGCAAAAACCGGAGACUGUGUCCUCAUCAGUACUGAAGGUGGUCAAAUGAGGCCUUCGCGAAUCGCAUCAGUUUCCGUUACGGACAGCAUGGGAGUGUAUGCGCCCUUGACAGAAGCUGGAACUCUGUUUGUUGACGGGGUUCUGGUCUCCAGCUAUGCUCUGAUGGAGGACCACAGACUUGCACACUGGGCUUUUGGACCUUUGCGACUUCUCUACUCUCUAAACUGGCUACUCUGGGGGGAGACGACGACAGAAGAGCAGACCACUGACUACAAAGCAGAUAUUUAUGAAAAUAAUUACAUUCUGAACAAGCAGGACAAUCUUAGUGAACCUCUAGUGAUGACAAUCCAAGAGAAGCAAUCCCUGCAGAGACACACAGAUAUCCACUGGUAUGCUAGAUUACUCUACAGAGUUGCAUGCAUCGUUUUAGACUUCGAUUUAAUAAAUCCUUAA